AUGGCUGAAAUUAUCGGCAAACGCGAACGAAGAAAGAGCCUGAGUGUGUUCGCUCCCUCCCUCACAAUACCGAACCCCUCCCGGCCUCCACUUCAUAAUCGAACACCCUCGGAUGACACCCUGACCCGAGACAAGAAAGCCCGCCGCAAUUCCGGAUUUUUCGGACGAUCUCACAGUCCCAGCAGAGGAUCCGAUGGGUCAAAUCACCGUCGCCCUGGAACGGCAGGCUCCGAUACAGCCGGCGGGUCGACAUCUGCAUCCCUUAACGAAACCCCUCGUCCGCGGCGGAAGUCGUUCCAGAAAAAGCGAACUUCGGUUUUUGGAUCCCUGAGGUCAUUGCACUCCUGGGAGGAUGACGAGCCUCUGAGUGGCUCUGUCGGUUCGGUGGGGGACGAGCAAACUACAAACAACCCCCGGAACGGAAUUUGGUCCUCUGCACUCCUGCACCAUGGGGCAGUUCAAAUGACUGGAGGCAUGUGGAGGAAAAAGAGUCAAUAUUUGGUCCUCACGGAUACACAUAUCGUUCGCUUCAAAAACCAAGGAAAAGCCGCCGAUGUCUUUGCUUCGAUCCCCGCUUCCUACACCCGGGCUCCGGCAGCCCAUCGCCAAUCGGUGGCGUCAAUCAGUUCUCUGCAGGAUAUGCAGGUGAUGGCAUCGGGAGAUUCAUCGGCUGGGAUUCCACUAAACAGUAUCAUCGCAGUGUACAUGCUGGAGGAUGCACGAUUGUCUCCAUCGGUCGAAGUGGCCUAUCUCGAUGAGCGCACGCACAAAGCCACAUUGGUCCAAAUGCAGACAUCGGAUCUGCAAGAAUUGAACCUCUGGAUGGUGGGUAUUCGUCAAGCUGCACAGAUGGCUAGAGCAAAUUCUCCAAUGCCAUUUAGCAUGGGAUCGGUCGAGUAUGUAACUCGUAUGCUGGAACACGAACGAGACUAUGACCCGGAAUCAUUCCGCAUGUUCCGAGUCAUUCAGAUUGCGUCCAGCAAGUCAAUCACCCGCUCUUCCUCUGACGAUCUCACUAAAUUAUCGCCUACCGGUUGCUAUCUUGCCAUUGGCGCACACAAACUUCACCUGCUUCCCAUGCAGAAGACCACCAAUCGAUCAUCGGUGGUAUCCCUGUCAGACUGGGAUGCCGGUACUUCAUUUGGCCUGAUGAAUCUGACUGGAUUAUCCAUGGAGUACGGUGACGACAGCCUGCAUUUGACUUUCCGGGUUCCUCUCAAGAAGUCAUUCAACAUGUUCCUGGCCUCUGUUCAUUCUGUUGAAGUAGCUUGCUGGAUUCGCCAACACACUGAAUACCUGCGUCCAUUGUGGACGAGACAGCCGUACGAAUUCGUUGUUCCGAAAGAACUGCAAAAUGACGACAAUUUCCCACCCGUUGCUCUAGAUGAGGAUUAUGGAUGUCUCGAUCGGACACUGGUCGCCUAUUCCGCCAGUUAUGAUAUCGACACCUCGAACAUCCGAUACACCAUCGAUCUGGAAUGCGAGGAUGCUCCAUGCUUCCGUCUUCUCAAGCCUGCUUCGCCAAAGACUUCUAGGUAUACUGCUUUGGAACUCAUUGCGGUGAUGCGCACACUUCGUUACAACGAGUCCUUCCGGUCAAUCUCAUUCCGCGGUGUCAAUCUUGAUGCAUUGCAGGGCCUGCGUGAUGUUCAUGGAGCUGAUUCCGAUGCCCAUCUCGACAGAGGAGGCUGCUUCGUGCACAUUCCGGGCCAGGCAAAUCUGACGGUUCUCUCGCAAGAGGUGCGCGCUUUGGCUUUGAAGAGUAAAUGGCUGCGCCGACUCGAUUUCUCAUACUGCCUUACACGGAUACCGACGCCGACUUUAGAAAAGGGCACUCGUGACCCAGGUUGUGGAAUUCCAGAGGCGAUUUUCCCUGUGUGUCGCCGGGAAUUGACUAGUGUGGAUUGGGUUGUGCUCAAUGGCAUCAAACUGGGUGAGUCUGAUCUGGACUAUCUUGUUGAUGCAGCAUCGCAGAGGCGGAGUCAUCUGCGAGCUCUGGAGGUCGGAGACUGUGGAUUGUCUGUCCAUGACCUGGACCUUCUUCUAUCCACUAUCGUCGCCCAAGAAUCAACACUCGAAGCAAUCAACAUUUCAGGCGUGCAGGGCCGACUAAAUCCCGAUGUACUCCAGCAAUACAUCGGCUACUUCGGGCAGAUCCGCAAAAUCAACUUAUCUCGCAUCUCGCGCACUUCUGGCACAGACCCGCUUAUCACGGCCGAAAUGUUGUUCAACUGGCGACUUGAAGAGCUGGCUCUCAGUCGAACAGCUGUCAACCGCGAGACCGUGGAUGCUAUUGCAACUUACCUUGCUAGCGAUCGCUCUCGAAACCUUCGUGUGCUCCGACUUGACCAGUGUGGUCUGACUGGAGAAGAUGUCGCUAUGUUUAUGCAUUCGAUGUCUAUCGAAUCUGAUUCCCCGCGCAGUCUCCAUCUUCAUGUCAACGAGAACCGCCUCGACAAUGGAUGCUCUCACAUUUUCAAUGCUAUCGCAAAGGACAAAACGCCCUCGCACCUGUCGAUGCGCAUGAUCGAUUUCAAGAGAGAGGAUCAUUUCCGUCAGUUGGUUGACUCGCUUCGGAAGAACAGUACCCUGAAGUUCCUGGAUAUUUCGAAAGCAUCUCUCCCAUACGAUGCGGGGCCUGAGACUUGUCGAUCUUUGCAAUUGAUGCUUGAGGAUAAUAACUCUCUCGAGGCAUUGGACAUCAGUGGAGAUAAUGCGCACCUCGAUGUUGCACGAUUCGGCAUCGGUCUCAAUCUUGCGUUGACUGGUCUGAAGAAAAAUACGUCCCUAAAAGUCUUGAGGAUUGAGCAUCAGAAACUCGGCCUUCAAGGUGCGAACACGCUGGCCUCUGUCUUGGAAGAGAAUAGUUCGCUACGUGAAGUACACUGUGAGAACAACGACAUCAACCUCCAGUCGUUUACAGUAUUGGUCAACGGCCUUCAGUGCAAUCGCACCCUGCUUACACUCUCUUGUAUGAACCAAGAUCGAAUCAUGUCUCUCGACAAAGUACGCCGAGAGGUUGAUAAGAUUCGAUGGGAGGCUAGCAACAGCAACCACUCUUCCACUGGAAAUUCCAUUCGGCGCUCCUUGUAUGCAGCGAUGACUGUGGGUCAGGGGGGUCAAGGGCACAGGCUAAGCAAGGUGCCCCCAGCAAGUGUUGUUUCAUCCUUGGAGCACUCCCCAUUCGCCAACCACAACGUUGAAUUAGUCUUGCAGUCUCUGAACCAGAGAUGGGACACCGAAGUUGCCCGGCUUGAUCGAUAUCUCCAACGCAACUACAACCUCGCCCAUGGGGUUGAGACUAUCAAUGAAGAUUCUGCCAGCGAUGGACGACCCGGAACAGCAGCCAGCCUUAGCACAAUGCUUGACAAUCUUAAAUUCGAUGUGUCCGUAUCGGCAGAUGAAAUCCGCACAUCAACAUCUCCGUCAGAUGGACCUGCUUCCAUCCGAUUGUCAGAGACUUCUAGCAGUCCAUCUCCACCCUCACCGACCAUUGAGGCCGGCCUUCUUCAGCCAAAACGUCUUCGAUCCAAUUCUCGCCGCCCACAUACCGCCCGUGCUGCACAAAUUCUUCCAUCCGAUUAUGGUUCUUCCAAUCCCGGUUCCCGCCUAGCGUUGCCCGUUCCAGCUGUGCCUCCAGUGGUCCGAAAGGCGGAAAGUGUCCGCAGUGCACGCAGUUCUCACAGCAGUGCCUCAAUAGGCGCCGGCAGCGCGCGCAGCGCCUAUGGCAUGGCCUCAUCAACCCUAAGGGGCUUCCUCAGUGGCACCGCCUUGAGAGAACGUCGCCGAGCGGACGCAGUGCGUCCUUCACCUCUCUGCGUGGACAAUGACAAACCACCCCAGCUAGACUGGGCACCCCCAAAACUCAACCUGCAGGAGCUCCAGUAG